CUGUGACGACUGCAUGUUGCAGAGAGAUGUUUGGAGGAGGAAGUGCGGAGUGAAGGUGCGAUUGGAUACACGGCCCCUGCUUAGCUCCACUGGCGGCCGGAUACAUUUUGGAAUUCUGAUACACGACCUUCUCUUCGGAUACUCCCCUGUGUCUGCCAUGGAUACAAUGUGAAUGUCGGUCUGUGCUGCUAAUCGGGCGAUCGCUUCACACGGAGUUUGAAACUUCUGGAGAAUCGCCAUAGUCACUUGGGCUGAAAAAUGUGCAAUGGGAUGGUUGGGUGGAAGAUUUGCAGGCCAUACCAAGUAACAUUGCUUUUGCUGGUCUUCUUCACUUGCAUAUCCAAAGGAUUGGCGUCAACUGCAGUCUGCCAGCAACCACUGCAACCCGAAAAUGGAGGCUUUGCGUGCCACCCCUCACCAUGUGCCAGCUUUGUGCCCAGCACGGUCAUCGAGUACUUCUGUGAUGAAGGCUACACUCUGAAGGGAGACUACAAGUACCUGACCUGUGAGAAUGGAGAAUGGAAACCCGCGAUGGAGAUCAGCUGCAGGCUGAACCCUGAUAAAGACACAAGGGCAACAAUUGGAGUUCCAACACUAUCGAUAGUUGCAUCGACUGCAAGCUCUGUUGCUUUGAUCCUCCUCCUGGUAGUUUUAUUUGUUUUGUUGCAACCAAAGUUGAAGUCAUUUCACCACAGUAGGCGAGAUCAGGGAGUGUCGGGGGAACAGGUGUCCAUCGUAGUGGAUGGGGUUCCUGUAUCUCUGCCAUCCUAUGAGGAAGCCGUGUACGGCAGCUCAGGAGCUGCCAUCCCGCCUUCUGGCUCACGAGUACAGAUCGUCAUGGCGGAAGGACCAGUCCCAGGUGAGGACGCCCCAGAGGAAGGUGCCCACUGCACCAGAGGUGCUGAUGACUGCCCAGAAGGUCCUGGUGACUCUGAGGCCCAUGGCAGUGGAAACCGCUCAGAGACUGUUCUGAUUCAUCAGCCCGCCUUCUCGUCCCCCGCACACCCCCAUAGUUUGGUGAUGAGGCUGUCUUUGUCUUCUGAUACUCAAGACUCCGAGAGCAGUGACGUCCAGAGUCUUCUAUCUCUCUCCUCCCCUGUGGGAUCUACUGAUGAUAUUCCUCUGCUCAAGGAUGCUUAGGUGGACCUCCUGUGGCUUUCUUCUUCUCUUCCUCGGCCUCCUCUUCAACACUUGGCUCUCCAUCUCCAAUUAAUUGACUCGAAUCCUAUAACAGGAGCUGCAGUAAAAACAUUCCCCUCAUUCUGCUGAAGCUUGGUAUGGACAUGACUCUGUGACUCGGUUGCAUCUACAGCCUGCACUGGGCACAUUCUAGCUAUGGAGAUACUGCCUUCAUAAGGAGGGUAAUGCUGGGAAUGAUCACCCUCUAGUGAGUAACAGAUAAACCUGACAUCCUUCACGACACAGGAUAUAGACUAGAUGCCGAGUGGCGGUUGUGCCCCGACCUGUACAUCUUAACUGCCUUUCCCCAACCCUGUUUUGGUCUUCAGUGUAUUUCCUGUUCCCGCUGUCUGUCACCACUGCCUAGUCCAGUUUAUGAUGGGUUAGAAGGCUCCGGCUACUACUUAAUCCAUUCCCCCAGACCUGGCAGACCGUGCAGACUUCAGAUCUGAAGCCAAAAAGCCAGCUUGGAAUAUCAACUGAGUAAGUUCAACAUCAGAAUGAACAAUUUGCCCCUUUUAUUCUAUUUAAACUGGGUGCAGCAGGUUUCCAGGUCAUUGCCACUAGUUGCCUGUUGGUCUUUCUAAGACAUGUAUAAUAGAAAAGAUUAUUUUUGGUCAAUAAGGUGUGCUGCUCUCCUAAUAUAUCUCUGAGGUGGGAUCAGGCAGGAACACGUUGGCGAAAGUCAUGUAAUCUGCCAUGGGAGACAAAUUGGGAUGCAUUGUUCAAAAGCUAACUGCUGCAGAAAGCUGAUUGGGGCCAGGUCCUCCUUUGUCUUCCAUGCAAACUACUUUGUUUUGAGAAAUUAACUGUGGCAAAUUAGGGAUUCUGCAGCCAGUUUCCACACUGUAACAGGUGACAUUCAGCCCAUCAAGUCCACGUUGACCGUCUGAACAGCACCCAGAUCCACUUCCCUCUUCUAUCCCUGCAUUCCCUACGGCUAAUCAUCUAGCCCACAUAGCCCUCGACACUAUGGGCAAUUUGCCUUGGCGAAUCCACCUAACCUGCACAUCUUUGGACUGUGGGAGGAAACUCAAGUAGACACGGGAAGAAACGUACAAACUCUACACAAACAGGUCCUCAAGGCUGGAAUUGAACCCGGAUCCCUAGUUCUGUGAGGUAGCAGUGUUGACCGCUGAACUACCUUGUCUCAGACAUAAGCUAGGCUUCCCCCAACUCUUACAUCUGUGACCAGGAAACACUAGUGGUAGCUGCUGAAGUGAAUGAAGAGGAAAGAAAGAAAUAGCUUUUAUUGAUAUUGCACCUUUUACAAUUUUAGAGCGUCUCAAAAUGCUUUACAGCCAAUGAAGUAGCUUUGGAGUGCAGUUACUGUUGUAUGGCUGGCAAUUUGCACACAACAAAGUCUGACAGUUAUGUGACUAGAGAUUCUGUUUUACUGACAUUGCUUGAGGGAUAACUAUUUGGCCUAGAUCCAGGAGAGAAGUCCCUUAAUCUUCGAAAAAGUGCCAUGGGAUCUUUCACAUCCACCAGGGAGGGUGAUCAUAGGUAACACUGUGUGAAGCUGGAUGAACAGAGCAAGGCAAGUAGCAUCAGAGGAUCAGGAAAGUUUGACGUUUUGGGUUGAGACCCUUCUUCAGAAAAUGGUGAUCAGAGGGGUAGUUUAAGGUUGGAUUAGCACCUCUGAGUGCAGCACUCCCUUUGUGUCAGUGCUAGCCUAGAAUUUGUACUCAACUCUCAGAAGGGUGGCUUGAACUCGCAGCAUUCUAAUUUGGCUCACUAUGGGUCAGCAAUGAUUCUGUAAAAUCUAUCCACGUAAGCUGAUAGAAAGGCUGCAACCUUUACACUAUCUGAAAUUCACCCUGCAUUGCUUGCAGUCCUCCAUAGCUGGAAUACCAAAUACUGGUGGCUGUUCCCCUCCUUGAUGUAAACUUCAGAAAGGCGAGGUGGAAUUUUUCUUUCUUUUUUUGCCUUGCUGAUGCGAGUGAUGUGUAUGUAUGGGUGGGUUUAAGGGGUGUGUACGAGUGUGCGUGUAUAUGUCUGUAUUUUCCUGUUUUCAUCUAGUUUAUUGAGAGGUCUGGAAAAGUGCAAUUCCAGGGUACGGCUUCAAUGGUUAGAUUAAUAAGGUGAUGUGUAUACAUUUCCAAAAAAAUGAAAACUAGGCUUGGCCAAAUUAAAUCAACAGCACUUUCAUUUAUAAAGCUUUUUAAAUUAGUGAACUGUCACAGUAAAAUUUAUCAGAUACUUUGACACUGAGCUCUGUGAGAUGUUAGUGUAUUAAAGGAUAGGAACACAGCUGGAAAUGUGGAUAGCAAGAGGGAUGCUAGUCUUAAGGUGUUUGAAUACAGAGAAGUAAAUCUUAACAUCUAAGCAUUGCAAGCACGUUGAUACAACACAGAAGGCUAGGGGCUGGAGAGAUUGGAACAUAUAGAUAGCAAAACAUUCACAUCGGGUAUCCCUUCCAUACUUUCAACACUAACUGUACAUUUCCCCCUUUCUACAACAGUGAUCCAGUAAAGGCUUAGCGAUGAGUUGGGUGUUUCCCAGGUUUGUUCCUUGCCCUGAACUGAACAUAUAUUUUGUCAAAGUGAGGAUGCUCCCCAGUUGUUACCUUUAGGAUGACUGAACAUGAGUUAAUUAAAGCCUGAGCCAGCCAGCCAGCCAACCAACCAACCCUGAGGCUUUGUGUGCUGCAGUACACAAUAUGCCACAACACCGCAACCAAAUGACAUUCUUAGAGAGCCAAAACUAGGAUGAUUAAGGAAAAAAAUCUAGAAAAUCUCUCUCUCUCUCUAUCCAACACCCCAGGAGCUCUCAGGGGUAGGACUGGCAUGGAUCUCUAACCAGAAAUGGACUCUGAUAAAACAGCUGAGACACAGGAAUAACAAACAAAUUACAGCUGUAAGUCCACCAGUCCACCUAGUCUAUAAUAGUACUUCAUAUGAACCAUUUCAAUAAAGCAACAUAAUUUUCUAUUGUUUCCUGUCUCGCACCUCUAGUGUUCCCUUUAAAUGCAUAUUUCUUUGCCAUAACCAACCCUGUGGUGUUGAGUGCCACUUUCUAGCUGAGCUCUUUGAGGUGAAAUGAGUCCACCCUUGCUGCAAGCUAACAAUCAGAUCCACAGCUACUGAAUCUAAGCAGCAGCAUGACACAACCAUGUUACUGGGAUUUCCACCUUCCUAUCCUUGCAGCUUCGUGUGUGCCCGUGCUAAGAUGUUGAAUGAACGUGUUCCAAAUCGUGUACUUGGAUUAGCCCGUGCAUUUUUUUGUAAUCACUGUUUCUUGGGCUGUUGGCUGUACUGGGGAGGCAUGUGUCAAUGAUUAGGUUUCAUUGUAAAUAAAAAAAAAUUCUCUGGUGUUUCCUAAGUGAGGAAUGGGAUGCUGUUGUACAGCCAUCCUGCUGUUGAUGCAGAGGCAAGAGCAUGGUUUCUUGUGACUUGGCUGUUAGUAUAAUUGAGUAGAGCUGUGGAAUGUCAGGGUCACUCAACCUGUGCACCUUUGGCUUUUGCUUUCACAUUUCUUUGGAAUCCUGUAUAUUGCAAUUGGUGUGAAGAUAGUAUUUUAAUAUUUGUACAAAGUUAAUUUAAGUUUAAUUGUCUUAUGUAUAUAACUGCAUUUCUAAAUAAAAUUUACUCUAAGUGAGUUAA